GCGACAUUGAGGAGGAUCGCACAUCUUCUAGCACGGUAUCUUCUUAAGGGUGAUUGACUCCUACAUGUCAGACGACCCUGGGUCUGAGACAGUUAUUGGUCCCCCAAGAGGGGAAGGUCCGGUCCCAUACCUCGGAGAUUACUAUAGUCAUUUGGUCGGGACAGACUUUGCUAUGCAGGCUUAUCGAAAGCCUCUUUACGGAGAUCGCUUUCUCGAGGUUUCCUACAUUUACUCUGGUGGGAGAGGACGUAUUGAGAUAUUGAUUGGAGCUUCAGGCGAUAUCAUUCUUGCGGAGGAGCUUUAUCUCAGGAGCGCUUGGUUGGACAACCUGUUGUCCAAGUACGAAGUGGUAGCCAACGACUUGCACACCAAGAUCAGUUGGGAUGAUCUGAAGGCGGUGUGGCACAAGCGGUUUCAGUGGGAGCCGCCGGAGAUCAAAGCCAUGGACAAGCUCAUGGCCUUCGAGCAAGGCACGCUGCCGAGUGCGGACUGGAUCGCCGAGUACCAACGCUUGACGUCAGUCCCAGACAUCCAGAUGGGCUUCAAGGCCAUCCGCCACUACUUCAUCUCAAGGUCAUGUCCGGCAUUAAGCAAUGCCCUGACUCAUGUCGAGGACACCUUGACGACGACGGCGGAGUUGUUCGACACGGCUGCACAGAUCAUUAUCACGAACAAGGAGGCCAAGAACCUCCGUUCAUCUGCGCCAGGCCCGAGAAGGGACCAGCAUCGGCCAAGAGUGGCCGUGGUCGCAGCGGCAGCGCCGUUGGACCAAACCAGCGAGGCUGUGUCUGCCAGUGAAGGGGACAAAUUCGCAGCCGCCCGGGAAGUGCCCAUCGUGCAUUCCAUUGACGAUGCACGCAAGAAGGAGCUCCUCGCCUUCGUCCACGCGCUCAAGCGCUGGCGGCACUUCCUCCUUGGUCGAAGCCAAUUUCGAUGGGUAACGGACAACAAUCCGUUGGUCUUCUAUAAGACCCAAGACACCGUCAACAGCACCAUCGCUCGAUGGAUGGUUUUCAUCGACCAGUUCGACUUCUUUCCCGAUCACAUUCCCGGGAAGUCGAAACGUUUUGCGGAUGCUCUCUCACGGCGUCCGGAUCAUUGUACCGCAGUCUACUCAACCUUCGAGAUCGAUGAUGACCUGCGGAACAGUUUCAUCCGCGGCUACCAAGCCGACCCCGAGUUUCGUGACAAGUACGCGAAUUGCUCCUCUCCUAAUCCGGUGCCUUCUCACUACCGGAUCCAAGAGGGGUACUUGCUUGUCCACACGCGGGGGAAGGACCUUUUUUGCGUACCAAGUGAUCCUCACUUGCGUACACGGCUUCUUGGUGAGUUCCACGAUGCUCCCGCCACCGGGCACUUUGGAGUCAAUCGCAUGAUUGGCCGACUUCGCCAGCGAUUUUGGUGGACCGGCCUUCUCGGCGACGUCACGCGCUAUUGCGAGUCAUGCGAGGUUUGCCGACGCUGCAAGUCCCGCAACCAUCGUCCGUACGGUGAGUUACGACCAUUGCUAGUCCCGUUGAGGCGAAGGGAAGCGAUUUCCAUGGACAUUACCGGCCCGUUCCCCAAGCACAAGACCAGAGUGGAUGGGAUUCUUACGGUGGUCGACCGACUCACCAAGUUCGCCACGUUUUUGCCUUGUCGCUAUCAUGCCAAGGCACCGGAGUUGGCCGAGGUUCUUUACGCCGGUUGGAUUCGAACCAAGGGUUACCCCAAGGAGAUCGUCUGCGACCGCGACACUCGGUUUAAGUCCGAUUUUUGGUUGGCGCUCAUCAAGCGAUGGGGCUCAUCUCUCAAGCCCAAUUCAGCUCGCCACCCUCAGACCGAUGGCCAGACGGAGAGGACGCAUCAGACCGCACAGGUUCUUCUUUGCACUCUUAUCCGCCCCGACCAGAAAGACUGGGUUGAGCGACUGCUGGACGUCGAGUUGGCCUACAACUCUUCCAUCCAAACGGCUAUUGGGAUAUCACCCUUCGAGUUUGAGCACGGCUCGCCGGUCACGUCACCGUUGGACACUAUUACUCCACGCACGACCGAGAGCGAUGACCAUCUUCUUUUCUUGCGUCGGAUGCAAGAGCUUCUUGUCAAGGCACGCGACCAGAUGGCUAAGACGCAACAGCGCAUGAGCCAGCAGGCCAAUCGCCAGCAUCUUCCUUGUCCAUUCCGCGUCGGUGACCUCGUAAGUGGCUUGGACGAUCUGGCAAUGAAGGGAUUGUGCGACAUGGGACCAUAAGGGGGUUUGAAUCUCGAACGGUCGGGAUGGACUUUGGGCUUUGACGAUUGCAUGACUAGCGCGACCUGAAAAGA